GUGCCUCUGUGCGGUGAAGGUUUGCAAUGUGAAGCGUCGGUCGUUCCGUAUUGGCGUGUGAUUGUUCCGCCGUCGUGGCGCCAGAUUUUUCAUCGAUUCAAAUUAUUCUAUUAUUAUUUUUCACAAAAAAAAACAUUUUAUUUUAUGCUUUCCCGUCGUAUUUAGUUAUGAAGUUUUACCGAAAUUCGUUCUGUUACUGAGUGUUAUGUGCAAUUGAAUUCCAGUAGGUUCAAAAAAUAGCGGGAAUUUCGUAGCCGGUGCGACAAAAUGACGGUUACGUAUACAGCUGAGGUGGCCACUUGUAGAGGUUUUGGGUGUUUUUUGAAACUUUUAAUAAGAUGGCGUGGUAGUAUAUACAAACUUGUUUGGCCUGACCUAGCAGCGUUUCUUGUAUGUUACUAUACAUUAAAUUUAACUUAUCGAUUUGUAUUAAAUCAACAACAAAAAAGGAUAUUUGAAAAUAUUUCAGAAUAUUGUGAAACGUAUAGCGAUUUAAUACCAUUGUCAUUCGUGUUGGGUUUCUAUAUUUCUAUAAUUAUGCAAAGAUGGUGGGAUCAGUAUUGUUCCAUACCAUGGCCAGAUCCUAUUGCAGUUUAUGUCAGUUCACAUAUUCACGGUCAGGAUGAACGAGGUAGACUAAUGAGGCGUACAAUUAUGAGAUAUGUAUGUCUUGGAUUAACUAUGGUGUUUACAAAUAUAAGCCCUAGAGUUAAAAAACGUUUUCCGACUUUAGAUCAUUUUGUUGAAGCGGGUUUACUAUUAGAAAAUGAAAAAACCAUUGUAUUGGAUUUAAAUGAUAAAUUUCCAAGACACUCCAAACAUUGGUUGCCAGUUGUAUGGGCUGCAAGUAUUGUAACAAGAGCAAGAAAAGAAGGUCGUAUUCGAGAUGAUUUUGCAGUAAAAACUAUUAUUGAUGAAUUAAAUACAUUUCGCGGUCAAUGUGGGAAACUUAUAAAUUAUGACUCAAUAAGUGUUCCAUUAGUUUAUACACAAGUUGUUACAUUAGCAGUUUAUUCCUUUUUUAUAACAACUGUUAUGGGCCGACAAUGGCUUGAUAAGCCACCAGUAGCAUUAGCUAAUCUAAAACAGCAUACUGAUUCAGAUGAAUCCAAAUAUAUUGACUUAUACUUCCCAGUGUUUACUACUCUACAAUUUUUCUUUUAUAUGGGUUGGUUAAAAGUGGCUGAAUCAUUAAUUAAUCCAUUUGGCGAGGAUGACGAUGAUUUUGAAGUAAAUUGGAUUGUAGAUCGUAAUGUUCAGGUGUCUUAUUUGAUUGUUGAUGAAAUGCAUCAUGAACAUCCAGAAUUAAUUAGGGAUCAGUAUUGGGAUCAAGUAUUCCCGACUGAAUUACCUUAUACAGUAGCUGCUGGAGAACGAGAGCACCAUCCUGAACCGUCUACAGCUAAUAUUGCUGUAUCCGAGGCUGAUGCUGAGUACUCACUUCCAUCCAAAUGUUGUGAUGAUAUGAAUGGCGCGGACGACGAUGACACAAAUAGUGGUAUUCACUUUAUUGCACACGGGGGAAGCUAUAAGAGAAGAAAUAGUAUUCUUCGAGGUCGUCCAACAUCAACUAUUUCAAAUGAUCCUCCGCACAACAACCAAAGUGUUGCCAGCUCUCUUAAUCGAGUAGGUUCAGUGACGUCAAUAUUGAAAAAUUUGUUCAAACGCACUAAUACCAAUACUGGCGAUGGAUUAUUAUCCCGAGUAUCAAGCGGUAAUAGACUUCCAGGUAGUACUUGGCAUAGUACAGAUAGUUUACAAAGUAGCAGCAGUAAACUUUUACAGCAACAAUUUGGGAGUGUCCGUAUUGCCGAUCAAGUAAUCGAGGAACUUGACGAACAAAUGACAAUUACAGCUGGUGGUAAACUUGAGAAAAGAAUCGAAAGACCUAAUGUGCGAACUGUCUUUCCUCCUCAACCAUCACUACCCGAUGAAACAACUUCAUCAAAUUUAUCCAAUAUUACCUACACAGAGGUAUUAUCGGUUAAUGAUGAUGCAGAUUUUCAUAGUGAAGAGCAAGAGCCUGUUUUACGCAGUAACAGUGGUAGUACUGGCAGUCGUCAUACCCCUAGCACAAAUAGUUUAUUAUUUAUUGUUGAGCCUGUUGAUGAGACUUUGAGUAACAAACUUAGCAGCAAAACUUCAUUAGAAGCUUAUGAAUAUGACGAAACAAAUAAACAGACUCCUAAUCAACAGGAUCAGUAAUAAUUCGUGCCUUAAAAAUGUUAGUUGUAUUUCUUAUCAAUCAACAUUUUUUUAUAGUAUUAUCGCAGUAUUACUUGUAUGUUAAAAUUGUUACUAACGCAACUUUGUGAGUUUAAAUAUACAAGACAACAUUAAAAAAAAAAAAAAGGUGGAAUUAUGUUAAUGCUUUUACUUUAUGCGUAAAUAAUAAAAUAUUUUUUCAAU